UAUUUUAACAAUCGCCUUUCUCCAAUGCAAACCUCUCCCCCUGAAAGAAAUGCGUGCACGAUCACGCCUUGUACCCCAAAGACCGUUAUCACUUUAAUUAUUGCUGAAUGCUCAUCUACUUUUUUUUCCUUCUAAAUAUUCAAUGAAGACCGGCAAUGAAUGUUAUUUACCCAGCAGGUGGAUAUGACGUAAUGGACUUGGAACAUCAAAAAAUAACAACAUCCAAAUCCGCGAUCCCCCUUUUCUUUCAAGGCGCAUUAAAAUGUAAUAACAUCACAAGGCGCUCGCCUUCAUACUCGAGGCAGAAGGUGGUGUGAAACUGUACAUUGCCUCCGUGUAACGUUGCACCGCGAGUAUCCAGCAGAGUUAGUCCCAGGAGCGGAGUAAUAUUGUUAGUGUUUACAGCGUGGCUGUUGCAUGCUUGCCUCGUACACAAGAUCGCAUGUAUAGUUCAUUAUUUCAAGCACAAGAAUUUUUUUUUCUCCUGCGCUGAUCUACCAUUUUCCCGCAUACGGUAAAACGGCAUCUGUGACCUGUUGAUGGCUUGCCGUUGAAUGUCCCCUGAAUGGAUGAGAUGUCCAUCUUGCUCACACAGCUGAACACGGGUAAGAAGGCUGAUCUCUUAGAAUCGGAAGUGAAGAUUGCUUUAAGCAAGCAAGCCCUUGUAGAAGGUUUUUAAGUCAUGAUGCAAGAGUCCGGGACGGAGGCCUCGAGUAACGGAUCUGCCAGUCACAACGGCCCGGGCGGCGAGGGCGGCGUGCGGGACACUCGGCUCAAGGGCGACGCCGGCGACGUCAUCACUACAGUCAUCAACACCGCGGACUUCGCGCACCUCCAGCAGCAUCAGGCUCUGCAAGUCGCCCGACAGAUACUCCAGCACCACCAUCACAAUCAGCAUCAGCAGUCUGGGGGAGUCCUGAAGUCCCCCAAACCCAGCGAGAAGCCCUCCGGUCCGCAGGUCCCAGUAUCAGUGGCUAUGAUGACCCCCCAGGUGAUAACGCCUCAGCAGAUGCAGCAGAUUCUCCAGCAGCAAGUCCUGAGCCCUCAGCAGCUCCAGGUUCUCCUCCAGCAGCAGCAGGCACUCAUGUUGCAGCAGCAGCAACUUCAGGAGUUUUACAAGAAGCAGCAGGAACAACUUCACCUUCAGCUCCUACAGCAGCAGCAUGCUGGAAAACAGACCAAGGAGCAGCAGGUCUCGGCCCAGCAGCUUGCCUUCCAGCAGCAGCUCCUCCAGGUCCAGCAGCUCCAGCAGCAGCACUUGUUGAACCUGCAGAGGCAGGGCCUGCUGUCCAUCCAGCCGGGUCAGUCGGCACUGCCCCUGCCCUCCCUCACUCAGGGCAUGAUCCCGGCUGAGCUCCAGCAGCUGUGGAAGGAGGUGACGGCCAUACAUGUCAAGAGCGAGGCUCACAGCGACAGCCCCACCAGCCUCGACCUGUCCUCCCCGGCGGCACCGCCCAAGAACCCGCUCCUCAACCAGCACACACCCACCAACGGCCAGUAUGUGGCACACUCGCUCAAGAGAGAGAGCACCACGCUGGACGAGCCCCCCCACCACAGCCACCCGCUCUACGGACACGGCGUAUGCAAGUGGCCCGGCUGCGAGGCCGUGUUCGACGAUUUCCAGUCAUUCCUCAAGCACCUGAACCAUGAGCACGCGCUGGACGACAGGAGUACGGCCCAGUGCCGGGUGCAGAUGCAAGUGGUCCAGCAGUUGGAGCUGCAGUUAGCGAAAGACAAAGAACGACUGCAGGCCAUGAUGACUCACCUUCAUGUAAAAUCCACUGAGCCCAAGCCCAUCCCCCAGCCGCUGAACCUGGUGUCCAGCGCCACCCUCUCCAAGACGGCUUCGGAGACGUCCCCCCAGAGCUUACCUCAGACCCCAACCACGCCCACGGCCCCGCUGACGCCGCUGUCACAGGGCCCCUCCGUCAUCACCCCCAACAGCCUCCACAGCGUGGGCCCCAUGCGCAGGCGCUACUCGGAGAAGUACAACAUGCCCAUCUCGCCAGACAUCGUCCAGAACAAAGAAUUUUACAUGAACGCUGAAGUGAGGCCCCCCUUCACGUACGCAUCGCUAAUACGGCAGGCCAUCCUCGAAUCUCCCGAGAAGCAGCUAACACUAAAUGAAAUCUACAACUGGUUCACGCGAAUGUUCGCUUAUUUCAGGCGCAACGCCGCCACAUGGAAGGGUGCCGUCCGCACCAACCUCUCACUCCAUAAGUGCUUUGUGAGGGUGGAGGAUGAGUUUGGGUCCUUUUGGACUGUCGAUGACGAGGAGUUUAGGCACGGCCGGCACGUGCAGCGCGGCCGUCCCCGGAAAGGCGCCGGCGACCACCAGCCGCCCCCACAGAGCCCCUCCCUGGUGAAGAACAUCCAGACAAGCCUGGCAUACGGCCCUGCCCUCUCUGCGGCCUUCCAGGCAUCCCUGGCGGAAAAUAACAUACCUCUGUACACUACUGCUUCGAUCGGAAGUCCCACUCUAAACUCCCUGGCCAAUGCCAUCCGAGAGGAGCUGAACGGGGCUAUGGACCACGGCAACAGCAACGGCAGCGACAGCAGUCCGGGCCGCUCCCCUCUGCCAGCUAUGCAUCACAUCAACGUCAAGGAGGAGCCCCUGGACCUCGAGGAGCACGAGGGGCCCCUGUCCCUGGUGACGACGGCCAAUCACAGCCCGGAAUUUGACCCGAGCAGAGAUUACGAGGACGAGCAGGCCCACGAUGACAUGCAGUAGGCUCCACCCCCUUGCCAUGCCCCACGGAGAGGCAGGCCCGAUCAAGACACACGCGGCGUCGUUCCACAGACUCGGAACCGGGCUGGAUCUCCUGUUGAUGGCUAUAAAAUGUUUCAAUUGACUUUUAGUGCCAUUAAAUACAUUAAAAAACGACAGAAUAUCCCAUUUGGGAUUUUUUUUUUAUUUCUACUUUUUGUUUAAGGAAGAGAGAGAAUUAAUUUUUACUGAAGACACGUCGGACGGAUGCGUUUGGUACCUGGGACUUGACGUGGUGUGUGGUUCCCGAACUGGGCUGGACUGGGACCUCGUCCGAGGGACCUUGUCGGUUUGCAUGUCCGCGUGGAUUCAGGUCACUGUCACUGUCACUGCCUGCAGUUUGCAUCAGUUUGUUUCCAUUGAGGUUAGAAGGAUGUUUUGGUGGGGGUGGGGGGGGGGGCUGUAUAAUCUGUAUGUGACCUUUAUUUUCUUUGUUUGUUUCCAUAUUCAAACAACUACUUUAUUAUUUUUUUCAAACUGACCAAAACUCAAACUGUGGACAGGAUAUCUGUGGUCAGAUGAUGAAUGUUUUUCCUGAUUUCUUUGUACACGAGAGCUGAAUGUCGAAUACCAGGUAGUGUUUCUCUGUCCUGUGUUGCCCGUGAUUUGGAGACACCUGUCUCACUCGUCACACCACCUCCCCAGCAGCAUUUCGGCACCCCCCCAGCCCCCCAGCAGAAAUGCACUAUUCACAAUGAAGGCUCCAUCUAUGCAUCUAUGAAGUGUCUCCUCUCAGCGGGAAUGUUCGGCGGGCGGCAGAGAUGGGGCGCCUUACGGGGCCCGCGGUGAGCUCACACCGGGGCGCGCCUCCCUCUCCCCUUUGUUCCGGCUCCUUUGAAGCCCCUGGAGGAUGUCAGGUACGCAGAGCCGCUGGGCGUAUUCGUACCUGCAGAUGCCCUGCGUCUUGAGCGCGGCUGCGGCAUCUCCAGGGAGACCCGCAGCUCGGCCAUCCGAUGGAGAUCUUAGGGCCGUCACUGGACAAAGCCGUCCUGCUAGUUGGCGUCUGGCCACCAUCAGUGCGAUGCCCACGGUGUGACCCUUUUAAGCAUACAGGGAGCUUUGCACACGCAUUCCUUAAGCUGCCCACCUCUGCCGCCGGAACCUGGGCCUCUCUGUCCGACCCAAACUCCUAUUAAAUUAAAUAUGUCAAAGUUAUGCCCACAACCAAACACUUUGCUCUUUAUUAACCUUUGGGUUGUCAAGGUCUCAGACGAUCCUGUUGCCAGGAUACGUACCUGAAGUACCUUGACUAGUGACUACCAAAGAAAUAAUAGAGAAUAAACAGAAUGGUGUCUAGCCUAUAGCGGGUGAAUUAGAGAGCAGGCCUCACUCUUUUAAACUUUUAUAAAGCCAAAGGUGUGACUCGUGGUGACCGAAACAGAAAAGCCGUUUGUGGUGGGGGGGGGAGGGGGCGGGGUUUAGCUGGACACACGACCAAAUUGGGCAGUCAUCUUUGGGCCAAUCAGAAGGGACCGUUCCAUCUUCAAAAGGUAGCUGUACGACAUGGGGCGUGACGGUUCUGAUGCAUGCUGUCACUCUUAUUCACAAGCAGACAUGGGAGUUCUAUGGAGAACAAUGUGAACCAUUAUAUGCUUCAACUGGACCACAGAAAUGAUGAAAUGUUUCCUGCUUCUAAGUUUGUGACCUUCAAGGAAAGAUUGUAUGUCACGCCCAUCCUCUACUCCAGUCCACGUAGCUGGACUGAAUUCUUUGUUAACCUUGUUUAGCGUCUGUCAACUUUAUUACUUUUUAUAUUAAAAAAAAACACUCCUGUCAACUAAUAAGCUGGGUACCAGGUACUUUACGGCAGUUCUUUAGGUUUCACCGCAUCUAUUAAUGAAUCAGAAGGGGCUCGCUGGGUAUAGAGGCAGCGUCUCCUGGCCGGGCAGUGAUGGUGAGAAUGGGUCCGGCUCACUCCGGCCCGGCGCCGGUCAGCUUGCUCUCUGAAGGGGGAUGAGGCUGGUAGAUUAGGACAUUGGCAGCAUGUGUGUAGCUCGACAUUACUAAAACUAACAGCAUGAGAAAACUCUUAGUACGCAUACCUCAGUUCAGACCUAUAGGGAAUGAUUCAAUUUCUAAAGAAAAAAAGGAAUAAAAAAACAUUUCACUCAGUUGCACUUAGUCGUGUGUCUUUGCAUGUUUAGUCUAAAACUAGCAACAAAAAAAAUAUAUGAAAAAUGCAAAAAAAAAAAUAAAUAAAUUAGAGCUUGUUUAUCUGGAGGGUCUCGCGUCCUGUUGGCCAGACCAGUGCAAACCUCAGGCUUUGUUCAUGAAGACAUCUUCAGCAUCCAUGAAGCCCUGUCCUCUCCAUGUGUCUGCUGGGUGAGCAGAACUAGGCUGUACAUACAUGUCCGUAUAACCUCUGUGCGUCUCGGUUUUUUUUUUUAAUGGGUCUUUCCUUCCGAUGGUAAAAGUACAUCUGUGUUGUUACGUUUGUUUUUUUUCUCUCAAUGGUUUUGUAUGUACUAUUAAAAUAGUUAUGGAAAAAAACUGCUGUAUGUAUCAGAUUAGCAAACUGUUCCGCAAAAUGUAUUUUACUGAUUAAUCCUGGCUUUUAUGACAUUCAGACAAGCAGUCAGCGGUUCAUGGGGGUGGGUAAGAGUGCGAUUAUCCUACAUUUUGGAUUUUAAACUGUAAAAUAGGGGAGAAAAAGGACUUUUCUCUUACUGUUGACCUAAACAUUUUGUACAGAUUUCCUUUCUCUUUUGUGUUAAGACUGUUUUUUGAUACUUCCCUGCUUUCGACUCUCCGGGCCGCUUCCGCUGCUGGCUGCUCAGCUGUACAUAGUGGGGUGUCCGGCCGGUCGCCAUGGCAGCACCCCCCCAGGGGAGUGUCCCCACCACGGAUGCACCAGUGCACCCAGGGUGUAUAUUCUGGGGACGUAUCGGCGUUUUGUAUAAAACCCAUAGGACAAAAAAAAAUAUAUGCAGUGCCAAGAUGUAAAGAAUAUCCGUAAUGUCCCUCGUUUUGAUUCAGAUUAUUUUUUCCCAAAGCAAACAACUCAUAUGAGAGGCGUUUCACCGAACCAGCCAGUAUCGCCGUUAGGGGUGUGAGCAAAAAAUAUUUAGUUAAACAAAGGGAAAUAUAAUUCUGUUUAUCUUUUUUAAUGGUCGCUAAAGCCAAGCACAGCAGGUAGAGGUACCCACGUGAGCACACGGGUCACCGGUGAAGUGAUUAUGAGAAGUGGUUCCUUAAUAUACCUUCGCUGUAGAAUAUAUUAGACUUGGUUUAAAGAAAAAAGAAAAGGCCUCUUUUAGUUUGUGUUUAUGGCGGCUGCUGUCACAUUCCCAAGAGAGCCUCCAGAAGCCAUGCUGAUUGGCCUCGGAUCCAUCGCCCAUCACAUCCUUGUUUAACCCUUUAGUACAAGGUGCCACUUCUGGGGGAAGGGUCAAGGAGUUUGCGCAGUGCUUCUGUGUUCCUGUGGCGAGGUAGCUUUCUGUUUGAGGCGUGAAAGCGGCCGCUUAUCGCCUCUGUCGGUCUGUUUGUACGUCCUCCAUGAUCCCAUGUCUGUUUCUGCAGACGCGUAUGUUGUACAGUCGGUCUUUAACUGACUCUGAAAUGCAAUAAAAUGCUGGUUGUUCA